CUUCUUGACAACUUAUGUUCGUGAGGGAUUGAUCCGUUUAGCUGGUUUACCAUCAUUUCUCCUUACCAAGUCUAGUAUCCAGAUAAAGACUAGCCAAUCUACAGCUUGGAUGAGUUGCCUCAUCAACUCUCGCGAGGUUCACUAAACUGCUUCGCUUCCCUAUCUGUAUUACCGCAUCAACAAUUCUUUCAAGGCCAUCAUAGAUGACAAGUAUUGGUGUGCGACAAAUUCUAGAGGAAAAACAUCAUUGCAACUCAAAGCUAUGGGAGUAUUGAAGCAGCUAGGGUCAUUCUCUCUUCUGAUGCUGUUCUCAUCACCCACGAAACACCGGAGAACUGGCUAGCUCUCCACUUUGCUGCCAACAAGAAUCCAGAAGAGGAUAAAAGGGAUAUGUCAGCCAUUCUCCUUCAGCACGGGACUGAUGUCAAUAUUUGUAGCUUAGAUGGUUGGAAAGAUUUACAAGAGGCAGUCAACACGAUAGGACCUCCUUCAUCACAUUUCUGCUGAACAAUGGCGCCAAUAUCACCAGUGAAACUACGCUGAAAGUCCAAGCAAAGGUCUUGCCUGAGCAAACGUCCACGGAGCUCCAUUCUUCAGCAUCGCUUGCAGCCAGAGUAGCGAUUUAGGAAAGAUGUUGAUUGUUUCGCCUAGUUGUCGAACAAAUUUCGGUCAUCAGAACUCCCAACGGGCUUCGGUUUCUGUUGGACAACGGUGCCACCAUGGAACUUGGAGAAGGAGGCACCUCUGCUUUGAACCGCGGAUGCCGGUACGAUACUCCCCCUCGAGAACAUCCCAGAGUUGCUGGAGUAGGGAGCAGAAUCAAAGCGAAAGACACUCCGGGCGUGGGAAAUGAUGAAAGGGUAUGAUAUCCACAUGGAAAAUGGGAAAGUGUUGGUGUGUGAAAUAAUCCAGGAGUCGACAGGAGAACGAGCAAGCUUGAUAUGGUAGGGAAGGAUGGGGAAGAGGGGAGGUAGAGAAACUGGAGAGUGAGACAAGUAAGAGAACUGACAGUAAAGCUGGAUGGCCUCGAGAACUACGCAAGAGGAUACGGAAUCGAUGUUCAAGCUACUCAAGACUCAGGGCUAAAGAUGGAGAAACUUCAACGCCACCUUUUAUCUGGAUUGCGGAGAUAAUUCUUAUUGAUGAUUAACAUUAUGAAGGAAUUAUGUACAACCAAUACCCUGGAAAGAAGACCAAGCAGUUGGUAACCAGGAACAGCCGAAGUUCCGAGCCCGACGAAUGGAGGAUCGGGAUGGGAACCCGACAGAGACUGUAAUGUGCCUCAAAUCCGAGAUAAGAACAGGAGCUGCUAUCAUAAUCACGACUCACGACGACUGAAAGUUAUUCGUGUCUUCUUUCAGCAGUUCCGAGCAGACGACCUGCCUCCUUUGGUCUGGCUCGCGCUGCCACUCUCCACCAUGGUGUGGGGGAAUACGACAAGCUUUUUAGCAGGCGUCGAUCGCAGCGAGCUGGGACCGAGACAAGCUUCGUGGCUAAGCGGGAACGGGCAGGUGCUUGGCAACGGCUGGCACCCGCCAACAAUAUAUUGGUUCGUACAGGCAAGGGUGCCCACCAUUGUUCUUAUCGUAGCCAUAUUAUCCACGCGUCGACGACACCAUGAUUGGCCUCGGGGAAAGUGGUGGCGGUUCGAAAGAAACUCUCUGUGUUUUCAUACAUAUAUAAUGCCGAAGCCAAGCCUUUUGCUGGCUUGGUACUUCACUCGCUUCUCCUUGCUGUGUAGUGUUGCACCUACUCUAUUCCGAUGGCGACUCAGAGAUCUACUUUUGCGCGAAGUUCUUCCGAGGCUGUUCCGGCCAAGGACGUCGAUCACCAUGGCAUUCAUGGGACGAGCAAUGUAGGCGAGCAGUUUCAUGAGAAGAGUGAUGAGAAAGUCGCUUAUUCAUCCGGCAUUGAUGAGCCUCCCAACGGUGAAAAGACCAACCUUCCAGUGUAUGAAGGAGAAAGUAUCUUCAGAGAAGGUAUAGUUGAAGAUGCGGAGGGUCUCGUCACACGAGUUAUCGAUGUCGAGGAUGACCCAACCUUGAACCCAUGGACCUUCAGAACUUUCUUCCUGGGUCUUGGGUUAUCCUGCUUUGGUUCUGUUCUCCAAGAAAUCUUCUACUUCAAGCCACAGACUAUUUACGUCUCGGUGGUCUUCUUGACUGUUCUAGCCUAUAUUCUCGGCGAAGCCAUGGCAUUCAUUAUUCCACGAAAGGGAUCGAUCGGUCGUUUCCUGAACCCCGGUCCAUUCAACAUGAAAGAGCACGCUUCAAUCACUCUGAUGGCUUCUGCAGCGUCCCAAUCGGCUCUCGCUACCGAGGCGCUGGCUGCUCAAGAGCUCUUCUAUGGGGGUUACCCGAACAAGGCUGCUGGCAUCUUUGUUGUUAUCACUGCCCAGUUGAUUGGAUUUGGUCUCGCUGGUUUGCUCCGACACAUCCUUGUGUAUCCAACUCACAUGCUGUGGCCGAUGAAUUUGCCCAUUACUUCCCUUCUCGAAUCCUUGCAUAAAGAUAAGGCUGUUGCAAAGGCACGGUUGAAGAUCUUCUACAUUGUCUUCUUCACUUUUCUUGUCUGGGAAAUAUUUCCUGAAUACAUUUUCACUGUUCUCGAAGGUGUUUCAAUCUUUUGUCUUGCCCACCAAAAUAGUUUGGUCUUCACAAACUUGUUCGGUGGUGCUUCUGGAAAUGAAGGCCUCGGUUUAGGUGCUGUCUCGUUCGAUUGGAACUACAUUGCUCCAUUCGGCUCGCCAUUGUGGUUGCCACUGUACACUCUAGUCAACGAGUUCAUCGGCUACAUUGGAUGCAUUAUCUUUUUCAUGGGCCUCUACUAUAGCAACAGUUAUCGGGCUCAAGAUUUCCCUUUCUUGGCACAACAGCUUUUGGAUGGCUCCUCAAAUGGCACCAAUUUCGUCACAUACAACCAAACCAAUAUCUUGAAUGAUACGUUCGAGGUUGAUAAUGAACUUCUUGCUGCCCAAGGGAUCCCGUGGCUCACUGCCUCAUACUUGGGUUACCUCAUUACCUCUAAUAUGGGAUUCACCGCCACUUUCGUCCACAUGCUCCUCUGGAACUUCGAUGAUAUUAAGCACGGAUGGCAGUGGGCUUCCCCUUCCAAUCUUAAGGCGAGAUUUUUGGGAAAGAAAUCGUGGAAGUUUUGGGCCAAUCAAGAGUCUCCUGAGGCACGGAAUGAGCGACUGCAGAAUGACGAGAAGCUUGACCCUCACUACAGAUUGAUGAUGAGGAACCUGUACAAGGAAGUUCCUCUUUGGUGGUGGGGCGCCAUACUUGUCAUCUGCUGGUGUGUAGCUCUUGGAUCACUCUACGCCCUCAAAUCUACACUUCCUUGGUGGGGUUUCUUACUGUCCACGAUCAUGAUGACUAUCUUCUUGCUGUUCUUCGGAGCUCAGUAUGGCAUCACAGGUUUUCAAUACAAUAUCCAACCCAUCUGUCAGACACUUGCGGGUUACAUGUUCCCUGGCCGUCCUCUUGCCAACAUGUAUUUCACUUGCUUCACCUUCAACUCCAUGCAACAAGCUCAAUUACUUGCACGAGAUCUGAAACUAGCGCAAUACGUUCAUUUAUCUCCGAGACAUACCUUCACUAUCCAGGUCAUAGGCUGCGUUGUUGGCGCAAUCAUGAACUGGGUUAUGAUGAUCACGAUCGUUGACAACCAAGCACCUAUCCUCAAGGGUCUUGCAGGGUCCAACAUCUGGUCCGGUCAAAACGUUCAACAGUUCAACACCCUAGCUAUCGCUUGGUCAAUUGCCAAGGACACCUUUUCCAUCGGCGCCAAGUAUCAAUGGGUCACCAUAGCCUACAUAAUCGGCUUCGUCGUUCCAGUUCCAUUCUGGCUUCUCAACCGAUACUUCCCCCACCCGUUCUUCCGCUACAUCAACUUCUCCAUCAUUCUCUGGCAGAUGGGCUACCUGUUCGUCGGUAUCAACUCAGCUAUCGGUGUCUUCUUCUUCUUGGGGUUCUUCGCUCAGUGGUAUCUUCGAAGAAAACGCCCCGAGUUUUUCAUCAAGUACAACUAUAUCGUCUCCGCUGCUCUCGAUGGUGGGACACAGGUCAUGGUGUUCAUUCUUACUUUUGCUGUGUUUGGUGGUUCGGGAACUGCGAGACCUUUUCCUACCUGGGCUGGUAACCCGGACACUAGCAUUCACAAUCUCGAUUAUUGUAAGGUCAACACUGCUACUUCGUCGUAAGGAUUGCACUAGUCACUCUGAGAGUUACAUUCAUUUUGUUUGAUAUACAAGCGAAAAAAAAUUCCGGCGUCAUUGACAGCAAGGAAGAGGACUGGAACUGGUAUUUAGGCUACGCAACAUCGAAGCGGAGAGACUGUGCUGUGGUUGAUGGCAUGUUAAUGUUAUAUCUACAAACAUAAGAGCAUACGUUCAUACUUCUUUCUUCGUUUACAUGGUGUAAAUCCGGAAAAAAUGAUAUGAUUGCACCUAUCAACAGCUCUAUUUACUCUAAAAUGUGAUCGAGGGACAACAAAAUCAUCUGUUUCCCCAAGAUGGAUAAGCAAGAAGCUGGAGAACAAAAGGACAUUCCUGACGUCGCAUUUCUCUCAAUCCUGGAGCUUAUUAGUUGACACCCUCAUAUUCUUGAGGUCUAGAGUAAGUCGUUGGGACAAAUGAGAUUGGUUUCGGUGGCAAGAAAUGGGGUUCUGGACGUGCGCUGCUACCUACUCUCAGG